AUGAGCAUGAGACCUACUGCCCUUGAUCCAGCACCGACCAACUGUCUGAUUGGCAGUCUCUACAUAGCUCUUGAAGCCGCCUCCAAGGAAGCUGCGAAGUUGAAUCCUUGCUGUCUGAUGACCAACAGAAAUAUCCUUCCUAGACAAAUAUUCCGUAGAACACCUCCUGCGAGUUUUGAGUGUAUACUUCCGAUAAUCCUUACCGACAAACUUGAUAAUGAUAUGACUCAAAGAGCAGAAGCUAUCGCCGAUCUUUCGUGGGAGAUUCGUCGACUCACUUUAGUCUUCUUAGCUAAACCCGAAAAGACAUCUCGCCAUGUUACCGAUGCAAUGCGCGAGCGACUAAGGAAUGCUCAAAGACGACUUAUAGACAAGAAGACUUACUAUCGGGAUCUGGUUCAUGCUUGCUAUCAAGUCGCCAAAGUCGCUAAUGAACAAAUAAGUAUGGGUCACACCAGCUCAGGUCAAUUUCUCAGUGGAAUUUGCCUUCUUUUUGGUGGUGAGGCAACAGUGAAAGCUAACGUCAAGUCUGUCACCUCUAACGGUGGACGCUGCUCUCAUGCUGCUCUUGCAACGGCUCUUCGUUUGUAUGAAUUACAAGCCAAUUCAAAUUCGAACUCAUCCCCCUCGUCACCCACCCCCAUUCAUAUCAGCUUCUAUGCCAGAGCUUCCGAUGGUCUAGAUGGACCAACAGCUUUCGGGGCUGGUGCUUGGUCAACGGAUGAGUUGAUUGAAGAUUCUGCAGAGGCAGACAGAGCCAAGCAGUGUCUAAUGUCUUGUGAUUCUUAUGGGUACUUUGCCAAUGGCAGUAAGAUUGAUGCGGAUAAGGGGCAUUAUUUGCCAGCACGGCUCACUGGAACAAAUGUUAUGGACCUCUUUAUGUGUCUUAUUGGGAUUUAUGAGUAG